AUGGAUUCUGAAGCUGCGGCUUCUUCAUUGAGCAUCGGCAUCCAACAUCAUCUUUCUCUCCAAUCUAACAAUGGAUCCUCCUCUAGUCCCAGAGCCCCAACUAAGCAAUCAUUCUUCAUUGGUGUUGCUGGAGGAACUGCAUCCGGAAAAACCACGGUGUGCAAUUUGAUCAUCUCUCAACUCCGUGAUCAGCGUGUUGUUUUAGUAAAUCAAGAUUCAUUUUAUCACUCCUUGAAUGAGGAGAAGUUGAAGAAUGUGCAUGAAUACAACUUUGAUCAUCCUGAGGCCUUUAAUACGGAGUUGUUGCUUUCUUGUAUGGAGAAAUUAAAGCUUGGACAGACAGUUAGCAUCCCAGACUAUGAUUUUAAGACCCAUCAAAGCAUAGAACCUACUUGCCAGGUCAAGCCCUCAGACAUUAUCAUUUUAGAAGGAAUACUUGUUCUUCAUGAUCCUCGUGUCCGUGAUCUCAUGAACAUGAAAAUCUUCGUUGACACAGACUCUGAUGUACGGCUCUCUAGGAGAAUUCAGCGUGAUACAGUCGAAAGAGGCAGAAAUAUACAGAAUGUACUCGAACAAUAUACCAAAUUCGUGAAGCCUAGUUUUGAUGAAUUCAUAUUGCCCUCGAAAAAGUAUGCAGAUAUAAUCAUUCCUCGAGGUGGAGAUAAUGAUGUUGCAAUUGACUUGAUAGUACAACAUAUUCAUACAAAGCUUGGCCAACAUGAUCUGUGUAAAAUAUAUCCAAAUCUUUUCCUCAUCUUUUCCACAUUUCAGAUACGAGGAAUGCAUACAUUGAUACGUGAUGCCCAAACAACAAAGCAUGACUUCGUCUUUUAUUCCGACCGACUUAUUCGCUUGGUUGUGGAGCAUGGGCUUGGUCACCUCCCUUUCCAAGAACAACAGAUUAUUACCCCAACAGGAUCUAUAUACAGUGGAGUUGUUUUCUGUAAAAGAUUGUGUGGCGUUUCAGUUAUUAGAAGUGGAGAAAGCAUGGAGAAUGCACUAAGAGCAUGUUGUAAAGGAAUAAAAAUAGGAAAAAUUCUCAUCCACGGAGAGGGUAACAAUGGUCGACAGUUAAUCUAUGAGAAGCUACCGAAAGAUAUCUCAAGCCGGCAUGUGUUAUUCCUCGAUCCUGUUCUGUCUUCAGGAAACUCUGCCAUCAAAGCUAUAUCUCUGCUACUCAGUAAGGGUGUACCAGAAGCCAACAUCAUCUUCCUUAACCUUAUAGCAGCACCGGAGGGAAUACAUGCGGUAUGCAAGAGAUUUCCAAUGCUAAAAUUUGUUACAUCAGAGAUCGACUUAUCUUUGAACGAAUAUUUGCGUGUGAUCCCGGGAAUGGGAGAAUUUGGUGAUCGUUAUUUUGGCACAGAAAGUAAUGAGACCGGUUCUGGUUGA